UUUGACAGCAGUGAUUAGAAACAUUAAGUUUGUUCGGUUUAACUCAGCUUGUAGUCGUGCGCCUCAGUGUGCUGAAGACAUCAAGGCCCAGUUUUAUAAAAGUUUUCAUGUGCAUGGUGGUGAUAUGGAUCAUGGAUUUACCAAUUCUUUAAUCUGAGACCCUGUUAGACAUCUGGACCUGGUCCUUCAAUCGAAUCCAACAGGAUUAAAGCUGACUUGGUUUGUGGGCGCCCUCUAGUCGCAGAUGUCUCCUGCAGGCUUUAGUUGUCUUCUCUUCAUCGCUGUCCUGGUUUGUCACUGGGUGCCAGCAGGCUGCUAUGCCAACGGCAAAGUCGCCAAAGCUUGUCAUGGCAUGGAGCCAAGCCAUCAUGCCCGCGGUCAGUCCACUCCCAGCCCUUACAUCCUCACGGUCAACGCCACCACAUACGGACCAGGAGACCAGAUCCUAGUCGUCCUCUCUGGAAGCACGUACUUUACAGGCUUCUUGCUUCAGGCAAGAGAUACACCCAAUCAGGGCUCAGCAUCCAUAGUGGGUACCUUCACCCUGAUGGAUCCAAAGAGGACUCAGCUGCUCACCUGUAACAAACUCAAGGGUUCAGCGGUGAGCCAUACGACUGCUGUCCAGAAGAAAGAGGUAGCUGUCAUCUGGACCCCUCCCUCAUAUCCUGCAGUCCAGGUUCAAUUUUUUGUGACUGUAGUUCAAGAGUUUAAAGUAUUUUGGGUGAAGCUGCCUGGACCAAUCAUCAAUGAGGAAGGUUUUACUCCCAACCCAACGCAGCCAGGGACCAGGACCACACCUCCUUCCUUACAAACAACCACAACCUCAAUCCUGCCCGAGCCUAUGACCUCACAGGGAUGUGGCCAAUCAAAAUCCUGCCUGCUGGAUCCUCCAGGGUGCGAUCCAAAAGAAGAUCCUCUCUGUUUCUUCUUGUCAAUGACUACAGAAGGACCAAAGUUGGUGAUGUUUGAGCUGAGUGGUCCUGCAGACGGAUACAUUGCCUUUGCACUCUCCUUGGACACAUGGAUGGGCAAUGACGACGUGUACAUGUGUGUCAAAGAAGGGGAUCGAGUAUCAGUCAGCGCUGCCUUUGUCCUUGGACGAACUCAUCCCGAGGAUGAGUCACAGUCUGGUCUCUCCUCGGUGUCAUGGCGGCUGGCAGAUGGAGCAAUUCAGUGCAGGUUCAGUAGACCAGUCAGACUGGCCAAUCAGGAACCAGCUCGCUACGAUCUGGACAGAGGCUACUAUCUGUUUCUGGCUAAUGGACAAAGUCGGAAAGGCGUACUAUUACAACACAGCCGGCAGCCAUUAAUCUCCACCCAGAGUAAACUCAUCACUGGACCCCCUGAAGUCCUGAGGGGAUCCCGGGCACCCACCCUAAUGAAAAUGCACGGUUCACUUAUGAUGCUAGCCUGGAUGCUAACAGGAAGUGUUGGUACAUUCAUCGCAAGCUUCUAUAAACCUGACUGGCCAAAUCAAUCCCUUCUUGGUCAGAAAGUCUGGUUCCAGGUUCACCGGGGACUGAUGAUGCUUACAUUGGCUCUGACAUUUGCAUCGUUUUGCCUCCCAUUUUUCUACAGGAGUGGUUGGAGCAAGGGUGCAGGUCUUCAUCCGUACCUUGGUCUAUCUGUUCUUGCAUUAUCUCUAAUUCAGCCACUGAUGGCUGCAGUCAGACCCCCACCAGACUCAGGAAGGAGAUACAUCUUUAACUGGGCACACUUUGGAUUUGGGACUGCGACGGAGAUCAUGGCAGUGAUCGCCAUGUCCACGGGGAUGCGUCAGUCAUCACUGCUCCUCCCCCAGCCCUGGGCAACACAUGUUCUGAUUGGCUACGUGACAUGGCUGGUCUCAUUCAGGACCGGCUUCCUGAUUCACAUGCACUGCACAUGCACCUUGAAAAAGUCAUUGAUCAACUCGGACCAAUCAGAAUUGAUCCCCUCGGACCAAUCAGAGAACAACAGCUUGAGCGCCUUCAUGAAGUCUCUCCUCCUGGCUGUGUUCGCUCUGGGAAACGCUGGAUUCCUGGUGGCUUUGUUGUCUUCUGUCGCUAAACUCUGAGAUUCAAUCUGAGGAAAGGUCCAGACAACAACUGAAAAAAAAACGUGUGACAGACUUCGUUAUGAUCACAAGGACGUUCACUUUAUUACUCUGCAAACAUUCCUUCUAAUUUAAAACCAGAUCUCUCUA